CAGAUCUUCAACUCUCAUAGAUUGAUCCGUCGGUGAUUCGGGGAGCAUACCAAGGCAGCGUCACUUUGUCCGAUAUCGUCCUUCCAAUCGACGUACACGGGGAAAUUCAUCAUGUGGAAUCCAAUCGGGGCAUUAUUUUCUGGAGUCGGUCAUGUAGUUGGAAGUAUAUUUGGUGCUCCACUCGAUUUUCUUUCCGGCAAGUCUUGCAACUCUUUGUGUGGUCCAACAUGGGAUUUGGUUUGUUACAUCGAAAAUUUCUGCAUUCAACAUCUAAUCAAAUUGUGUGCGGUUUCACUUCUGGUUUUCGUCGUUUUACUAUUCUUCUACUUUCUAUACAAGAUUGGAAUAUAUCACUGCAUUUUUCAUAUGUUAUGGAAACUUGUACGGGCAUGCAUCUGGUCAUUUUUCUCGGCCUGGGAACAAGGAUGCGAAUUUCUGUGUCAAAUGUUGUGUAAUGCCAAGGGUAAAAGGAGAAGACGCAGGAGAGACAUUGAAAUGGGUGACAUGAGUAUUAAUGGAAGCGAUGAAGAAACAGACAUGGAAACAAGUUUUUCAUAUAGGAACAAUGGUCGAAGGAGAUUGUUGUCAAGAGACCAUAAAAGAAACCAUUUUAGAAGAUCACUAAGGCCUAAAAGUCAUCGGCUUCGUGUGGGUGUUGAUGGUGAUUCAGUUUAUGCUACAAAAAGAAAACAUAUUAAGCAUGGUGAUGUUCGAGUUGUUAAAACGUCAAGCUUUGCACGAAAGGGGACGAAUCACAAGAGAUCUAGACGCAAAUAAAAGCCUUGAACCCUAAACACUAAAUAUCUUUAACGAAACAAUCAAAAAGAUGAAAUUCCCAUACAAUAGUUUUCCACACCCUCCAUUGGUAAAAGAGUGUCGACAAUUGGCCCUCCAUGGACAAAAGAUACCGAACCCUCCAUCGUUUGUUGGCAACCUUUGUUUGGUUGACUGAAAGUACAAAAAAAAGUGAAGGUGAUGGGAGUUUUAUGCUUUUUAGGGUUAGAUUCAAGACAUAGCCACAUACUUUUAAUGAUUUGUUUAUUGUAACAUCUUGCAUGCAUUUGUUCCUUUUACAACAUUGUGCAUGGAAAAUUUUACCUAGUUAUAGCUUGUAAUGUACCAAUUUAGGGGUGUCAAUCAAUGACAAGGCAACAAAUUGAAAUUGAAAUUUGUUUUCGUAUUUAGUGUAAACAAAACGAGGUACUGUUGUGUUUAUGUUCAAAACUCGACACAGAUUUGACACAAUA